AUGAUAGUGAUUUGGAUGUGCUGGCUCAGUUAUCCGAUUGAGAUACUGAUAGCGACGCUGAGGAUAGACACCGCACUUCUUCACGAAAAAUUCAUGCAGAGUCUGGAUGAUGCCGAGUUCACGUUUAGAUUUAGGUUAUCCAAACCGGCUUUCACAUCGCUUUUGAUGAAAUUGAUGACGUUUAUUCGUGUAACCUCAACAAGAACAUUUGGUGUCUGGAAGUGUUCCUUCCCUGUUGUGGGAUUAACACUGCGUUUAUCAUUGCCUAAGGUUCAGGCAAUAAUAAUUGCUACCGCAGUGUUGCACAAUAUUUGUAGGAACCACAAUUUAGAGGAUGUUCCUUCAGAAGUGGAGCUGCCAACAGCGGAAGUAAAUGAUCAAGUGUACUAUACGGAAGUUCAAGAUGUUAGUGAAAGAGCAGCCCUUAUAAAUAAUUAUUUUAUAUAA